GGUUGGGUGGAAUCCGUUACCGUUAUGGCUGCAGCGAGCGGUGUUGUUUGCCUGCAAACUUGUUCAAAUCGCAACCCAGGGGUGUCGCAAUACUAUUGGGAAACGGGCAGUGGGCGGGAUCACACAGGCCAAAACAUAAACGUAAAAUCCAGCCCGGAAUGGAAACUUCAGAGCAUUGUUAUCGGAGAAGCCAAUAUUUGAACUUAGCAUGUUUCCUAAUUCUCUAAUGAAAUAUUAUGGUCAUUUUAUGAUUUAGUACAGUAAACAUAUUACAUAUAGCACCUUUGUAUUUAGUAUUUUGCACUGUCUAGUGUAGUAGAGAUCUUUAGCUAUUUAAAAUUAGGCCUAUAUCGUGGGUGGGACUAAGACAUUUGACAUCAUAUUUUACAGUAAAACAAUGUAAAAGCAAAUUACUAGAAAAUGCCCCACUUUACAUUUACUAUAUUAAAAUGCACGUACAUUUAAAGUGUUACUGUGUUAGCUAUAUAAUAGUUAUAAAUGUUACAGUCCAUGUGUUGCAAAUGUAUUAUAGCACUUGCAACCUUUGAAAACAUUUAGACUUUGAGUGAAUGUGAUUUGAAUCAAUUUACCAAUUAGAUAUAGUUAUUAUUUAUUUUUACUGAUUAUUAACAUUAUUUAGUCACGUAGCCACAGUAAAAACUACGCGUAAGAACGGAAAACAGAAAGGUUAUGUAGGAGCACACACACACACGCACACACACACACACACACACACUUUAGACGCAGGACGUAAAGCUUGACAUCAUUUCUCCUCAGUCCCAUGAAACAACACGGAGGUCUGCCUGUUAGACAAACACAGUCGAGCUGAGGCGAUAUGAUCUGUAGCAUAUGUAGAGACGUCUACUGCUGUACAGAGAGGAAGUGAAGCUGAAGUUGAAACAGUCUCCUCACAGAGUAACUUUUCACCAUAUUGAGCCUUCAACCGUCUGUUUACUCUUGAAGUGUGUUCCACUAAUGCUUUGACUACCCAUGGACUUUUGGUUUACAAACCAUAAAAUGGACAAAUAGAACAUGGACAUAAUGGACGUUCCAGGAUCCUUUUUAGACACAAUAUUCCAUUUAAAGCAAAUUGUCAAAGACUAUAAAACCACUAUCCACUUGGCCAGGACAGUCAAGCCAGAAGUCAACUACUGCUUUUGAGGUGUUUCCUUGAAAUCAUCUGCUGAAAUUUUCCUUUGGAGAAGUUUAGUCUGCUCUAACCAUGAUUUUAAGAAAAAAACUGUACUUAGGUGCCCUGCUAGGAGCUAUUUUGUUUUUAAUGAUAGCUGCUCACACCAUUCAGAAGGCCAAUGUUGUACCAAUUGCAAUAUUACCCACUCAAAGCACUGUCAGGAUACAGACGAAGAGCCAGACACAGUCACAUCCUGUUACAAAGCCAAGGCGAGUUCUUUCCUGUAACUGUCAAUCUUGUGUAGCAGACACAAAUUUGUCAGAGUGGUUUGACCAACGCUACAAUCACAACCAGCGACCUUACCUCACCAGCAUGGAAAAUGACAUAGAUCCACUCUCUCUAAAGUGGUGGCUGUCUUUGCAGGCAUCUGACGGGACUAUCAAGGAUGUCACCCAGAAGAUGUUUAAGAUCAUAUCUCCUCCACCUGUGGAUAAGAAGCCUCGGCAAAACCAGUGCCGGACAUGUGCAGUUGUUGGAAAUUCUGGGAAUCUGUUGAAGUCCAAAUAUGGAGCCUUGAUAGAUUCCCAUUCAACUGUUUUUCGAAUGAAUAAAGCCAUAACCUUGGGUUACGAGGUAGAUGUUGGUAAGAGGACCACACACCACUUCAUGUACCCAGAGAGCGCAAUUGAUCUCGCCCCUGCUGUCCAUCUUGUCCUUCUUCCCUUCAAACUGCGAGACAUGCAGUGGUUGACCAGCGCCCUUUCCACGGGAGAGAUCAAAAUGACAUAUAUGAGAGUGAAAAAUCGUGUAAAAGCUGAUAAAGACAAGGUGAUAGUUGUAAAUCCAGCCUUCUUUAAGUACAUACAUGACAGAUGGACAGAGCAUCAUGGAAGAUAUCCUUCCACUGGGAUAGUAGCCGUUAUAUUUGCUCUGCACCUUUGUGAUGAGGUGUCAGUGUUUGGAUAUGGGGCGGACCAUCAAGGAAACUGGCACCACUAUUGGGAGGACAACAGAUACGCUGGUGCGUUUCGGAAGACAGGCGUCCACAAUGCAGAUUUUGAGAUGGAGAUAAUCCGAAGGCUCAGCAAGGAGGGCAAAAUUAAACUGUACAGAUGAGCUUGUAAUUGUGGCCUUUAUUGACUAAGUAGUGCUUAAACCAGGACAUGCACAACUGUUGGAAACCAAAGAGUGGAAGAUCUGUGGUCCACAUUACCAUUAACUGACCACUAUGAACUGCACUGAACCAAACCCACAGACAUCAAGCUGGAUUCUUAAAACCAAAUGAACUCCUCCUGUUCUCUAACAGCAUUUAUUGUCAUGUGCCUGAAGAAAAAACACAUUAUGUAGUGGAGCUGGAUGUUGCCUUGCACCCCAACUGGGCAUUGAACAUUGAAGAAAGCGAAUAGUAAGCAGAUCGGCUUGAUCUGUGCGUCUUCAUAUCUUGUUUUGUUCAAUUGGUGCUGAAUUGCCUUACACCGUGUCUGCACUGUAAGAGGUGACAAAACUGUCCCAAUCCACAAAGCUGAGUACAUUGCAAGCCAGUGAUGUUGAUAAUAUUGGGAGUGAUCUACUUGCUUGCAGUGUACAUAUGGUUUUAUAAAAAGCCAGCUUGCAGGGUACUAAAGCCUUAAAGUCAACAUGAAGCAAAAUCCACAAAACGAUUUACUUCCGUAAUUGUCCACUUUCAUAUGAUUUUUAAGUAAGCUUGAAACAAAAUUCCAUAAUGUGAGAAAAUUAGGAAGGGACUCAUGGGUGUCACUUUGUUUUAAAAAGUGGUGGGGACCUUUUUGGGGGGCUCAUGAAUAUUAAUUAAGUUCAGAUAAUGUCAAAUAAUCUUUUACUGUUUUGAUAAAUAAUCAUUCUUUAUGACCAAAUCAAGCAUUCUAAUAAAUAUUUCACAUAGUUAAUUUGAUUAAUUGAUCUGCAACACAGUACUGUUGGUACACAGUACCAAUUUGUUUUGGGAGUACCAGGUUCUAAGCCGCCCUAAUAUCACUUUUAAACUUAGUAUACUGCAACUGUAUGUUGGUGGAUGUAUUUAGAGCGCCCUUACAAAAAUCGAGAGCUCGUGGCAAAUUUGCGACAAAUUUCAAUGUUUUGAAUGACAUUUAUAUAUCGCUUUUCUAGACACUAAGUGCUUUGCAUAGUAUGGGGGACUCUCCUCAACCACCAGUGUCCACCUGGAUGAUGCGACGGCAGCCAUAGUUCGCCAGUAUGCUCGCCAAACACCAGCUAUUGGUGGAGAGGAGAGGGUAGAGUGAUAGAGCCAAUUCAUGGAAGGGGUUAUUAGGAGACCAUGAUUGAUAAGGGCCCAUGGGGGAAUUUGGCCAGGACACUGGGGUACACCCCUACACUUUAUGUGAAUUGCUAUGGGAUUUUGCGGCUAGUUUGCCAGAACUCCGAUUUUUUUUGUAAGGGUGGGGACACAUCUGUUUGCAUUUUGCUUUACGAUUUAACUGGAAAGGAGAGUGAGGUGCUCAGCGAGUAGAGCCCGUUGUCACUCAGCGGUACAUCCACAACAAGCACUCAUAAUAACAUACUUGUAAUAACACACAAACGAAAGAGAGACUCCUUUGGCAUUAGACACUUACCUGAUGAAAGCUUUUUCAAAAAGUGUUGUCAACAAAAUUGGCAAAUGCAAAAGUGGAAGGGUCAUGUCCCACCCGUAAAUGAUGCCUUCAAUUUAUCCGUAGAUAAUUGAUCAGACCUUGAAAAGUGUCCGUUUCAUACCAAAAUUGAAAAUAAGAGGACUUGUUGACGUCAGCUGAAAAGGAAAUUCAUUUCAGGAAACCCAUUUUAAGACCAGAAUCAUUCAUUAAGAAAGUAAAAAGGGUCCAUUUUGAUUUCAUGUUGACUUUCAAACUUAAACCUGCAGAGUGCAAAAGCCUUGAUCUUUUGUUUUUGAAAUCUUUUGUUUUUGAAAUCUUUCAAAGUAUCAAAUGAGCAAUGAAAAUGUUUAUUAUUGAUUAUUUUAGAUAUCACAUAUUGCCUCUUAUUUUAUCCAUGCUGUCAUUUAAAUCACUUCAUGCACCAAAAAAAACAUGCUGGAAUAUGUAUUUUCUUUGUCCCAAAAAAAUUUAUUUACAGUCUAGAUUUCACAUUUCAACACACAUUCUUAAUUUAGUGUAGCGUUUUCUAUGGGAGCAUUGGUAGUGUAUGUGAUAUGUGUUUAAUACCAUUAUGUACCUUUAGACCAAUGCCAUCCCUAGAGGCAUCUGGUUUUUGUGGCCUUGAAAUGACCCGUGACUCUCGCACAACAUAUUUUGAAUAUAGCAAAUGCUGUAUUUUUUAUACAUAUUUCAUUUCUUAGCAUUCGUUUCAUUCUUUGACCCUGAAUUACGAUUGAUCUCUGUAUUUUUAUAGUGGAAAUGACUUGUGAUAAACGUUCUGUGGUUUUUCCCUUUUCAAUCCAAGUUUGCAUUAUUGUAAGGACUGUGAUAAGGCUGAAACUUGGAACUGUAAUUUUCGAUGAUGUUUGUUGCCAUAGUGUUACAGUGCAUGUGCAGAGCUGUGAUUUGCUCUGUCAUUUUAUGUCCUUGAAUGCAAUUUGGCUGCACAUAUAUCGCUUCAUGUCAAUCAAUGGCGCUCAUAGUGUUUUUAGGGAUUUCGCUAUGAAUACUAUGAAGAUAUCGUGACUAAAGUAUUAUCACUUUGAAUUUGAACAAAACAUGACAUUAAUAGGAAAAAAACACUUGAGGUGUUUUAUUCCUCUAUUUAGAAACAGAACCAAAGCAUAAACAAUACAAAUAAAAUAAUUACAUUUAAAAGUCACAGUUUAGGGUACCAGGACAUUAUUAAUAAUAAAGAUAUUUGAUAUUUGUUGCAUAAAUAAAAAUACAGAAAAACUUAAUUUUUAAAGCUACACUAUGUAACUUUUGGCCCUCUAGCGGUUUAAAAUAAACUGCAUGCGUCUUGCGGAAGAACAUUGUUUAGGAUGUGCUUCGGCUCUGCUCCACUGCGCGGAUGAAUGUGGUUCGAGGCACCGGUGUACACAUGAAUACAGGGCAUCUUAUCAGAGCGAAUGGAUAAAUAAAUAACGAAAGAAAGGAAAAGAUGGAUAUCUGAAAACAUGUCACCUGAGCAGGAAAGUGCCAUAUCUUAUGCUAUUGUUUUAACUUACUGGAAAAAUUUAUGUUUUGAAAAAAAUGACGUUACAAAAGUAAGGCAACAUUUGUUAUCAUUAGACAUAACGAUUGCUAGCUUGCUAUAAUAAGGUCAAACGUUGUAAAGUUUUUAUAAUUGCAGGAUAUUCUGGCUAAAUAGACCACGAUAGUAACUAAUUUCUAGAUCUAGAUGGUCAACAUCAUUUCAAGACUCACAUGUGAUUGGCAAGCCUAGGACUAAAGGAUUUAGUUGCCGUUAUAAAGAAAAUACACACAUGUGCUAGCAAGUGAAAAGAUUACACCGAUUACAGUAUAAUUAUUGUAUUUGUACAGACGUGUGUGAUUACACAACUAUACAUUAACCAUAUCAAUAAAAUAUCUUACGUGUUGAGGUAAGAAAAAAGCCAUCUCUGGGUCACUUUCAGAUCUCAGAGUUGUUGCCACCUCUGAAAAGCCAAGCCAAUGAUGAUUCGGGUUAUAUUUCGUACUCGCUUUCCCUUUUUGCUUGUAGUUUCUGCUCCGUUUGUGGUUUCUUUGUUUUUACAACCGGUGAUUCCCCGGAGGUUUGCCGUUUUUAAUGAUCCAUGGUCAGUUUUAUCGUUUGUUGUGUCAACAAACUUUCAACUUCUGCUACUCCGACACACACGAUACAGUAGCCAGAUCUUAUUUUCUCUGUGUACGGAUAUGAUGUGACACGCACGUGCGAAAGAUGUAUGUAUGCAAUUUCUAAAAUAUAAAUCAUUAUUAUAGGUUUAUCAAAGUUUAUUUGGGUAAAGACAUGGUUUGGAAGAUGGAUUUUUGUUGAACUCUCUCAUUAAUAACAUUUUAUUUUUUUAACAAACAAAAAAAAGUUACAUAGUGUACUGUAGCUUUAAUGGAGAGACAAUUUAAUAUAUCUCAAUACUCUAAUUUCCAUUCAAGUUCAUAAAUUUUUUUGAAAACAUCACAUUUUCAACUUUAUAUUAAUGUGCAUACAUAUAUAUAUAUAUAUAUAUAUAUAUAUAUGGCCCUCUAAUGCAAGUAGAAAAAUAGAACACCACUUAAAAUGGACUCUAGAUGUAUUAUUUAAGAUUCCAGAUUAUUGAGCACUGACAUUCAACAAAAGCUGAGGCCAAAUUACUUUUUUAUUGUUUUGUUUACAUCACACAAACUCAACAUGUGACCACAGAUUUCAUAUUUCUUGGGUUUCAUAUGACUUGAGAAGCAUCUUCUGCCACAUAAAUCUGAGUAGUUCUCUAUUCUCUAAGCACUUUAAGGAAGGUAAAGUAUACAUGUUAAAAGACUGUCCAGCUGAAUGUGAUGGUUUUAUCCUGUUGAAAUGGACAAAUUGUGAGGCUUCAUAGUAUGCAUGUCUUGUGAGAAAUUGUGGUCUGUGUCUUCAAUAAACCACUUACUUCACCAUUUAUUUGAUCAUUAUUUCAUCAUGACUCUGAAAUAAGUGAAACAAGCCAUAAACGAGUGAAUCUCACGAUACCACAAAGAACAUGUCCAGGUCCUAUUGUACCCCAAAUUCAAAAGAAAGAACAAAUUAUUUUUUGCAUACUGAAAUGAAGGCUAGUUUUAUUACCAUUAAUAAUGUAAUAUUUUCCCCCAAGAUUCUCAUCACUUUAAUGUAAAAAAAACAAA